CUGGGCUCUGACGUCUGAAAAGGGAUGAGCACAAACCAAGGACUCGUAUAUAACGUCUUCCCAAAUCAAACACUCCAGCUUUACUACGGUGGUGUUUGCAAGUUAAUUAUCUAAAUCUCUCUUGAAAAACGAGUAAGGAAAACAGGAAGAAUACUAUGGAUUUUUCUUAGUUGAGUGAUGUAUUUAUCGAAUUAUCGACGUAUCAAUUUGGAGUUAUUAUGAAUCUUCGAUAAACUUGUGACCCUCUUUGAUUUUAUACUCUAAAAGAGAGAAAGAGAGAGAGAGAGAAGUAAACUAAGCAAGAUAAACAUUAAAAAAAACCGAUUAAACAUUCGAAUUUCCUAGAAAUUUUGAUUUUUCUUGGAAUUAUAAGCAAGGAUGAGACUAUACAGUUACAAUGGAGAAGUGUCCUAUGAGGACGACAAUAACAGCAGUUUUCCCAUCACUAUGACCAGUGAAGACUUGCUUCAGCCAGGUCAUGUAGUCAAGGAACGAUGGAAAGUUGUAAAGAAAAUAGGUGGUGGAGGAUUCGGAGAGAUCUACGAAGGCUUGGACUUGGUAACAAAGGAGUUAGUGGCACUCAAGUUGGAAUCUGCCAAGCAGGCCAAACAAGUACUGAAAAUGGAAGUGGCGGUCUUGAAAAAGCUUCAAGGUAAAGAUCACGUGUGUCGUUUCAUUGGUUGUGGUCGCAAUGACCGUUUCAACUAUGUCGUUAUGCAGCUUCAAGGAAAAAAUCUAGCAGAAUUAAGACGUAGUCAACCUCGUGGUGCCUUCAGUCUUAGUACCACCUUAAGGCUUGGUUUGCAAAUUUUACAGUCGAUAGAGAGCAUUCACGAAGUUGGAUUCCUUCAUAGAGACAUUAAACCUUCAAAUUUUGCUGUUGGACGAUUACAGCAAAACUGCAGAAAGGCAUAUAUGCUAGAUUUUGGAUUGGCAAGACAGUAUAUUACUGCAAAUGGUGACGUUCGUCCGCCUAGAGCAGCUGCAGGUUUUAGAGGAACAGUUCGUUAUGCUUCUGUGAAUGCUCAUAAAAAUAAAGAAAUGGGUCGCCACGAUGAUCUGUGGUCACUGUUCUACAUGUUGGUCGAAUUUGUAAAUGGUCAGUUGCCGUGGAGAAAAAUUAAAGAUAAAGAACAAGUAAGUCUUUAUUACAACAUAAUGUAG